AUGGAAGUUCCCACUGAAUCUACUAAGGGCUCCUCCAAUACCCAAAGGAGUAGUGGUGUCGUCACCAGAGGUGUAGGAGGAAUCAUUGCCAAAGUCAAUAAGAGAGGAGGCAGAGGCGGUCUAGGUGCCAGGAGCACAUGUGGCCCCAAAGAUGACCUGGGCGACGCCAAAGGUUUGGGCAGCACCAAGGGCUCAAGCGAAGCUAGUUUCGCGAAGGGUGAGGCUCUUGAGAAGGAUGGCGACACAUCGGGUCACGUUCCUGGCAACAACAAAGAGAGCGACAUCCAUGGUCUGGGCGAACACAGGAUGACAGUAGGAACAAGUGGUGCCAAAUCGGUUACCAUGAGCUUUUGCAACUCCGGAUCAACUGCGAAAGGCUUGGGCGAUGCCGGAGCUAGCCUUGGAGAUGUUAGGAAGGACGUGGAGUGCACUGGAUUGGGCGGCGAUGCUAGUAACAGGGGUUUUGACAGCAUUAAUGGCCUGGAUAGCAUUGGAUGCACAAGCAGAGGAGUCUUUGGUAGAAAGGAGCUGGGCGAGGCUCUGGGCAUGGAUGUCAAAGUGGGGAGGAACCCAGGCCACAUUAGUAUUGUGUUAGGUGGUGCCAAUUGCGUGCUAGGUGAUGCCAGCUGCAUGCUAGGUAGUGUAGGUGACUCCUGCGGUUUGGGCGACACCUAUGAUGCACUGGGCACCGAUCUUUGUGACAUGUUGGGGGCAGGAUCAGGUUUAGGCACUGGAGGUGAUGGAUCAGACUACGAAGGAAAACAAGGUGCCUGA